UGCCCACGUGAGAAUUCCUCCCCCCCCCCCCCAAUGCAUAGCACUUCGCUAGAGAGCUGCAGGUUUUUUUGGGUGGUGAGAAGCCCUCGACCGGCAGUGCCCCGUUGCGCGUUCUCUAUACGCGCGCCGUGUGCGUCAAUCAGGUGGCAAAGACCCGUCCGCCCGUGCGUCUCUUCUGCCUGUGAAAAUAAAAAAAACCCCAUCGCUUUAAUUUCAGCCGCAGUUUCCAGGAUUUGUUUUGGCACUGCCCGCAGGAGCCGCCGUCUCAUCUCGCUUGACGAACGAAAAAAAAACACAACCCCUACGCUGACGACAACGAUUUGUUUAGCUCGCACGCACAGCUCCGCAGGAGACGCCCUGCCCCGCUCCCUCCGCGGGGUGAGUCUGGCCAGGGAGGUGAGCCCCGCGGUGCCCGCGCGAUGCCCAGCCUCGGCUGCUGUCCUGCGGGGAGAGGAGACGCGCAGCCGCUGCAGCUGCAGGGUCAGGAGAUGACUGCGGCGGCGGCGAUGAAGAUGCUGGUGGCGCCCGUGCACCCCGCCGCCUCCUGCUCCUCGUGCAGGAACGCGGCCGUGUUCCACAAGAUCAACGCGCUCCUCGACAACAACCUGAACCUGAGCGGCUUGUGUCUAUGCACGCCAGCCGAGUGCCCGGCAGCUCCGUCCGAGGGCUCCGCGCGUUCGUCGCAGGCGGCAUCGCCGCCGCAACCGUGCCCGGGCACGGCGUGCCAGCCCUCUGCCGACUGCGCGAAGAAACCGCAGCGGCGGCAGCGGCAGCAGCAGCAGCAGCAACGGGAAGACGCGGAUGACGGCGAAGGGAACGUCGUCGUCGUCGCACCACGGAAGAUGGAUUCGGCCCAGCGCGACGGUGGCGACGCGGAGGCCGACGGGAAGGAGGUCCGAGGAGCGUCGACUGUCGACGUGGAGCUGCUCCGUUUCGCCAUUUCGGAAUUCCUCGGCGGCGGCGGGGGCGGCGGCCCCGGCACGCAGUGGAAGCUCGCGGAGGAGGCAGUUGGUGACGUCGACGUGGCCAAGUUGGGGCCGCACUGCAAAAUGACGCAGUUGAGCAGUCGGCAAUUAUCCAGGAGUGGAGGUGAGGAGGAGGCGCCAGCGGCCACCAAGAGGUCUUCUGUUCCGGCGGUGACAAGAAAGUCGCGCGACGGGCCGACCGGGAGGGUCCCGCGGGUCAUCGAGGCCAGGCCGGUCGCCCCGGCCGAUGCGGCGGCCUCUGGCUUGCCGGCCUGUCACAUCGAGAAGGAGGCGCUCUUGCACAAGAAGUCUGCAGUAGUGAGCGUCGCCAAAUGCGGGUGGAGUGGCAAGCUUCCCAAGAGAAGCCACCAAAGCCCCACCUAUUCCUGCAAGGUGUUCAUGGGUGGAGUUCCCUGGGACAUCACCGAAGCUGGGAUCUUGAACUCCGUGAAGAACUUUGGGCCUCUGGUGGUCGAGUGGCCGGUGCGCGAUGGGAAGCAGCAGACGACUCGCAAGGAAGCGUUCCCCAAAGGCUACGUGUACAUCCUGUUUGAGCACGAACGGUCGAUACGCGCCCUACUGCAGGCCUGCAAAACCAACUACAACAACGCCUUCGGCUGCAACAUGUACUACUACGAGGUGUCGAGCCGCAAAAUGAAGAGCAAAGUGGUGCAGGUGAUUCCCUGGGUGGUGGCCGACAGUAACUACACCUGCUUCCCGUCCCCGCGGCUCGAGAGCCACAAGACGGUGUUUGUGGGCGCUCUGCACGGCAUGCUCAACGCUGAGGGGCUGGCGGUGAUCAUGAACGACCUGUUUGGAGGCGUCGUCUAUGCUGGAAUCGACACCGACAAGUACAAGUACCCCAUAGGGUCUGGCCGCGUAACCUUCAACAACCCCACGAGUUACAUGAACGCCGUGACGGCCGCCAUCGUGGAAAUAAAGACGACAAAGUUCACCAAGAAGAUCCAGAUCGACCCGUACCUGGAAGACUCCGUUUGCCAAGUCUGCAGCCACAGCCCUGGAAACUUCUUCUGCCGUGCCACGGUCUGCUUCAGCUACUACUGCCGGAGCUGCUGGCAGCUGAGGCACUCGGCGGAGGCGCUCUGCUCGCACCGGCCGCUGAUGAGAAACCAGAGGGUGAAGACGGCGCAGUGAGAGAUCGCAUUUCCUCCUGGGCUUGCGUCUCCUCCUCCUCCUACGUUAACAUGAAAUUUGAGUGGCCGUCGUAUGUAUCUUUUUUUUUCCCGUGCAAGGUGAAGAGUGGAGCGGUCGCGUGAGGCGAGGACGCGUGUAACGUCCUCGCGUGGUCGUGGAUCUGUGUGUGUGUGUGUGGUGUUGAUGUUGUUCCUUUGCGACUGUUUGUGACCGCACGUGUCUGUCCCAAAUCUCUGCGCCCGGCAGCCACGAGCCGAUUCCGGCAACUUCACCCCCCCCCCCCCCACCCCCUGUCAUUUACAGCACUUAUAGUAAUAAACACUGCGUUCUUUAUAUGUAAAGUUUGAAAAAUCUAUUUAAUAAAAAUGUUGACUUUUUACGAGAUGGCUCGUAAU